ACAGUCCCGGCGCACGUUAGCCACCGCCACCCUCCUCCUCCUCCUCCCGUUUUAUAUUUCACAUUCCGGCGGCCGUACUAUAUAUGGAUGCGAGGAGGAUUGUGCUGGCGCUGGCCGCGGCGUGCAGGUUAAUGGUCGCGGUCGGGUUGACGCUAGACCCGACCCAGCUCUCCGACCUGUCCGUGCGCGGACGGCUCAGCGUCGAGCCGUCCGAGCUGGAAGCGGCUUCCGUCGACUUCGGGGGCAUGCAGAGGAAAGAGCCAAUGGCGGUCCUGCGUCCCGAGUCGGCGGAAGACGUGGCGCGGCUCGUCCGCGCCGCGUACGAGUCCGAGCACGGGUUCGCGGUGUCGGCUCGGGGGCACGGGCAUUCGAUCAACGGGCAGGCCGGGGUGAGGGACGGGGUGGUGGUGGAGAUGAGCGGCGGGGGCAGAAAGGGGGUGGGGGUGAGGGCGGAGAGGAUGUACGCGGAUGUGUGGGGCGGGGAGCUGUGGGUGGAUGUGCUGAGGUGCACGUUGGAGUAUGGACUCGCACCCAAAUCGUGGACCGAUUACUUGUACCUUUCGGUCGGGGGUACGCUCUCUAACGCGGGGAUCAGCGGACAAGCGUUCAAUCAUGGCCCUCAGAUUAGUAACGUCCACGAGCUUGACGUCGUCACUGGUAAAGGUGAAAUUGUAACAUGUUCACAAGACCAAAACUCUGAACUGUUCCAUGCAACUCUGGGCGGUUUAGGUCAGUUUGGAAUUAUCACAAGGGCUCGCAUUGCACUUGAACCUGCCCCUCAAAGGGUGAGGUGGAUUCGGGUGCUGUAUUCGGAUUUCGGGUCAUUUCAGGAUGACCAAGAAUAUCUCAUAUCUCUGCAUGGAAAACCAGCCGCCGAAAAGUUCGAUUACGUCGAAGGUUUCGUUAUAGUAGAUGAAGGCCUCAUUAACAACUGGAGAUCUUCCUUCUUCUCUUCCCACAACCCUGUCAAGUUCUCCUCCGUCGUUAAACCCGAGGGAGGCGUCUUGUACUGUCUCGAGAUCACUAAGAACUACGACCUCUCUACCGCCGACACCGUCGACCAGGAAAUCGAGGUGUUGAUGAAGAAGUUGAGUUUCAUACAAAACUCCGUGUUCACGACGGACCUGUCGUACGUGGACUUUCUCGACCGGGUCCACAAGGCGGAGGUGAAGCUGCGGGCCAAGGGGCUGUGGGAGGUGCCGCACCCAUGGCUGAACCUCUUCGUGCCCAAAUCAAGAAUAGAGGAGUUUGACAAAGGGGUGUUCAAGGGCAUUUUGGGGAACAAGAAUAAGACAAGUGGGCCCAUCCUCAUAUACCCCAUGAACAAGAACAAAUGGGACGAGAGGACAUCGGCGGUGACGCCGGACGAGGAGGUGUUUUACCUGGUGGCGUUUCUGAGGUCUGCGGUGGACGACGAGACCUUAGAAAGCCUGAGGAACCAAAACCAACAAAUCCUGAAAUUCUGCGAAGAGACUGAAAUGGACAUCAAGCAAUACCUCCCUCACUACACCACACAGCAAGAAUGGAAAGGGCAUUUUGGGGAUGAGAAAUGGGAGAGGUUUUACCAGAGGAAAUUACAGUUUGAUCCCAAGAAUAUUUUGGCCACUGGACAGCUCAUUUUCAGCCCAUCUUUUAACACCAUGAAAGCUUCAUGGUGAUAAUUAAUUAAUUAAUAACCCCAGCCAAAAGUUAUUAUUAUAUGUACAUAAUUUAUUAAGCCACGGGGGUAUAUAUGGUAGACAAGGGAAAGUGCUAGGACUGAUAUGUUUUUUUUUGGAGUGUAACAAAGGAUGGUUCAGUUG